ACCAUCUCUGGCAGGUGGUGUGUGCUUUAAGACCGUACAGGAGGCUAAUGUUUAGGACGAAAUGUAGCCACUCAACCGGGGACACAAACACCAUCGAGGUUAUUUCCGUUGUCGCGUUUCGGUUGGUCGUCUUUUUUUUUUCUGGUGGCGGGUGGAGCGUUGCGAGCCAUUUGGGUUUUUUUUUUCCUUCUUCCUUUUUGAACUCCUACCGGAACCCCGGGCGGACGGGGAUGAACGUCGGGGUUUCCCUUGUUUCAGCCGGACGGAACAAAUCGGCUCCUUCAAAUCCUGCAGCUUUCACCGACAAGACGGAGAAGCCCUACAUGUUGAUCUACGUCUCGCCCCCGGUGUGAAGUCUGAAUGAGGGACAGAAACACGCUCGCCUCCCCCGACCGACGAGGUCUCGCCGCGUUGCGUUUACUGUGAUAUUUUGAUGAAAAUGACACGAAAAGGAGGUGAAACGGUGGAGGUAGAAAGCACGCAGCAUCCAUGAAGUCGAUCGGGACAAGUUUUGAGUCUCUCUUGCCCCGACUGUUCAAUGGAAGUAUGUUAUCAGCUGCCGGUUUUGCCUCUAGACAGGCCGGUUCCCAAGCACGUCCUCAGCCGCAGAGGAGCCAUCAGUUUCAGCUCCAGCUCCUCUCUCUUCGGGGCUCCUGAUCCGAGACAGCUGUCACAGAGGCGAGGGGCCAUCUCCUAUGACAGCUCCGAUCAGACAGCACUGUACAUCCGUAUGCUAGGAGAUGUGAGAGUGAGAAGUCAGGUUGGAUUUGAACCGGAACGAAGGAUCUCCCACCCGUACCUGUGCAUCGACUUCCGAACCCUCCACACACGGCCGGGCUACGGGACCACGUCGGCCAGCUCGGCCCCCGAGAGGAGGGUCCACCGACUGCUCAGCUUCCAGAGGUACCUGCACUCAUCCCGGCUGCUGCGAGGCGUCCCCCAGCAGAUCCCCCUCCACCUCCUGGACGAGGACUACACCGGACAGGCCAGAUGCAUGCUGGAAAAAGUUGGGAACUGGAAUUUUGACAUUUUCCUCUUCGAUAAGUUGACAAACGGAAACAGUCUGAUCGCCCUGACCGUCCACCUGCUGAACCAGUACGGCCUGGUGGAGCUCUUCCAGCUGGACAUGGUCAAACUCUGGAGGUUCCUGGUCAUGGUGCAGGAGGACUAUCACAGCGACAACCCCUACCACAACGCUGUCCACGCCGCCGACGUCACACAGGCCAUGUACUGCUACAUGCGGGAACCCAUGCUCGCCAAAUCUCUGACCUCUUGUGACCUCCUGCUUGGAAUCCUGGCAGCCGCCACGCAUGACCUGGACCAUCCUGGGGUCAACCAGCCUUUCCUCAUCAAGACUGACCACUAUCUGGCUACACUCUAUAGGAAUACCUCAGUUCUGGAAAACCACCACUGGAAGUCGGCGGUGGGCCUGUUCAGAGAGACCGGGCUGUUUUCCCAUCUGCCCGCGGAAGACAGCCUGAACAUGGAGCGGGAGUUGGGCUCCUUAAUCCUGGCCACAGACAUCAGCAGGCAGAACGACUACCUGAGCAGGUUUCGCAGGCACCUGGACCAAGAGAACCUGUGCCUGAGCAACGCCAGCCACCGCCACUUCAUUCUGCAGAUGGCUCUGAAGUGUGCAGACAUCUGUAACCCCUGCAGACCCUGGGAGCUGAGCAAACAGUGGAGUGAGAAAGUGACCGAGGAGUUCUUCCAACAAGGAGACAUUGAGAAGAAGCACAGACUUGAAGUCAGCCCACUUUAUGACCGAGCGAUCAACACAGUAGGCAACAUUCAAAUAGGCUUCAUGACCUACGUGGCGGAGCCGCUGUUUGCGGAGUGGACCCGCUUCUCCGACACGCGCCUUUCCCAGACCAUGCUGGGCCACAUGGGGCUCAACAAAGCCAGCUGGGUCGGCCUUCAGCAGGAACAGACCUCGGCCUCCAAGGAGGCGGAGGCGGAGCCCGCCGGGGGGGCCGCCGCCGUAGGCGCCGCUCGGAGAGACAGCGCCGCCGGCGAAGACACCAGCUCCAAAGAAAUACCUCAGGGAAGCAAAGACUCCUGACACUCCUUGUGUGCCCUUUUCCUCUCGACCUCCUGACCCCGGAUUUGGGACCCUUGUCACACAUUGGGGGGGGGGCGGGGCCUGGUGCUGGUGGGACAGCUGCUUCCCCACCCGCUCCUGACACCUUGUUUAUGUUUUGUUGCUUAUGCCUCCCCUCUUGAUAAACCACUGAUUUUAUUUAAUUUAUUUAAUUUUUAAUUCCUCUUUUUUGGCAUAGAGCAAUACAUAGAUACCUCAUUUGGCUACUGCUGUAUUUUCCUUAUUUGCUUUGUUUUAUUUAUUUGUCCACUAUAGUUUUGGCAUUACUGACUGACCACACUAGUUUUUUCUUCUUUUUUUGUUUGUUGGUGAAGCAGUAUAAGACCUGAAAAAGACAUUUUUUUUUCCUGGUGUUUUUGAAGUGCCAUUUGAAAACGAAUGAAUUUGAAUCGACGGAGACAACUGGAGUAUUCGGACGCGAGACCCUCCUCAGACUUCAUUCGUAUUGAAGAUUCUUCCUCGUGGAAGACAAAAACAAUGUGACAAGCCCGGUCCUUUUGCUGCCUCUACGAAGACUGUUUACGCGUUUUUUGUUGUUGUUGUUGUGUCGCCCCCCCCCCCUCCCUCUUUGAACUGGACUGAACCGCAUCCCGUCGGCUCCACAGUUUGCCUUUUCGAAGCACAGACGCAAAGAACCACUCGUUUUGAAUUGUCAUCCCACUGUCGAAGCCACGAGCAGUACCUUUACCCCCUUAUUUUUUUUUUUCUUCUUCUUACCCAAACACACCAGAUGCCAUAAGUCCCCGCGCCGGUGCGACCACGUGGUCUUGCACUCUCAAAAAACGCCGACGGCGGCGUUGGACGCCCGCGACGCCUCGGACAGACUCCGCCGAAGCGAUUGUAGACGUCAAGUCGUUUUCUGAUGUUGUUGUUUCCGGA